AUGAAGUUCAUUUCUAGCCUCCUUCUCGCUGCAUCCGUCGCGUUCGCGCUUCCCACCUCCGUUACCGAGGCUCCUGCUGAGAGCGUCGAGAUCGUGAAGAGGCAAUGCGAGGUCCAGUGUGGCUCAAACUGCUACACGUCUGACGAGGUGGCUGCUGCAGACAGCGCCGGCUAUGAGUACUAUCAAUCAGGAGACACUGCCGGUUCUUCUACCUAUCCCCAUCAGUACAACAACUACGAGGGUUUCGACUUCCCCGUAUCUGGACCCUACUACGAGUUCCCUCUCUUGACUAGCGGCACAUACAGUGGCGGCUCGCCCGGUGCUGACCGUGUCGUCUUCAACUCCAACGGAGAGCGCGCUGGCGAGAUCACUCAUACAGGCGCAAGCGGAAACGAUUUUGUUGGAUGCUCGGGAACAUCAUAG